GCGCCCCCGCGUCUCCGCGUCUCGGAGGCCGCGGGGCUUGGCUCCUCCCCUUUCCCCGGACAUUCCGCGCCGCCUCUCCCCGCGGCGGAGGCCCGCCCCGCCCGUCCCACCGGCCUCCGCCCCGCGGGUCCCAGCCUCCUCGGCCCCCCCCCUGCUCCCUCCGUGGUCGGGACGCUCGGCGCGCGGGCCCGGGGCUGAGCCCUCCCGCUCGGGACCAUGGCCUCUGAGGUGGCGCGGCACCCGCUCUUUCAGUCUCACAUGCCAACAAAAACAACUUGUCUGUCCUCACAAGUAUCUGAUGAUGAACAGAAACAAAAAAAGGGAAAUAUUCGUUCUUUAACUAUGUCUGGCCAUGUUGGCUUUGAGAGUUUGCCUGAUCAGCUGGUCAACAGAUCCAUUCAGCAAGGCUUCUGUUUUAAUAUUCUCUGUGUGGGAGAGACUGGAAUUGGAAAAUCAACUCUGAUUGACACAUUGUUUAAUACUAAUUUUGAAGACCAGGAGUCCUCACAUUUUUGCCCACAUGUUAGACUUAAAGCCCAGACAUAUGAACUCCAUGAAAGUAAUGUUCGAUUGAAAUUGACCAUCGUGAAUACAGUAGGAUUUGGUGACCAAAUAAACAAAGAAGAGAGCUACCAACCGAUAGUUGACUACAUAGAUGCUCAGUUUGAGGCCUAUCUCCAAGAGGAGCUGAAGAUCAAGCGCUCUCUCUUUAACUACCAUGAUUCUCGAAUCCACGUGUGCCUCUAUUUCAUCUCACCUACAGGUCACUCUCUGAAGACACUGGAUCUCUUAACAAUGAAGAGCCUUGACAGCAAGGUAAACAUUAUACCAGUGAUUGCCAAAGCAGAUGCAAUUUCUAAAGCUGAAUUACAGAAGUUUAAGAUUAAGCUCAUGAGUGAAUUGGUUAGCAACGGUGUCCAGAUAUAUCAGUUCCCAACAGAUGAUGAAACUAUUGCUAAAAUCAAUGCUUCAAUGAAUGGACAUUUGCCAUUUGCUGUUGUAGGAAGUAUGGAUGAGGUAAAAGUUGGAAAUAAGAUGGUCAAAGCUCGCCAGUACCCUUGGGGUGUGGUACAAGUGGAAAAUGAAAACCACUGUGACUUUGUAAAGCUCCGGGAAAUGCUCAUUUGUACCAACAUGGAAGAUCUGCGUGAACAGACCCACAUGAGGCAUUAUGAACUUUAUAGGCGUUGUAAACUAGAGGAAAUGGGCUUUACAGACCUGGGCCCAGAGAACCAGCCACUCAGUCUUCAAGAGACCUAUGAAGCCAAAAGACAUGAAUUUUAUGGUGAACGUCAGAGGAAGGAAGAAGAAAUGAAGCAGAUGUUUGUGCAGCGAGUAAAGGAAAAAGAAGCCAUACUGAAAGAAGCUGAGAGAGAGCUGCAGGCCAAGUUUGAGCACCUCAAAAGAGUUCACCAGGAAGAGAGAAUGAAGCUUGAAGAGAAGAGAAGACUCUUGGAAGAAGAAAUAAUUGCUUUCUCAAAGAAGAAAGCUACUUCAGAGAUAUACCAAAGCCAGUCCUACAUGGCAUCAGGCAGCAACCUGAGGAAAGACAAGGACCGUAAAAACUCCAAUUUUAUGUAAAACAAAGGUUCCAGAUCACAGAAGGUCAUCACAAGCAAAAGUUAUUAAAAUGUUAGAAGUAUGCUUUGAUUUUCUUGCUGUUUUUAUUUGCUGUAUCACUUAUUCUAUAUCUGGCAAAUGGCUGUAGUUACUGCCAUUUAUGGAAAAAUAUUUUUAAGUAUAAGGUUAAUACAUAAGCCACAGUGGAUGAUACCACUUUUAUAUUCACUGUUGUUAGAAGUUUCCAAGUUGCUGGUUUAUGAUGAAUCUAGAUUGUUUUCCUGCUGCCCAGUUAUUAUUACUUAUAUGCAUUGUACCACAGAACAAAGUGUCAGUGCCAUUGAAAAUACAGAAGUCAUUCAUUUUAUGGCUAUCUGAUUGCAUUUAUAUUCCAAGAUGAACUCCUUUUUUGUACAUACUAAAGUAAAAUUUGGGGAAUAUGUUUUAAAAUGUACUGUGUAUCUGAAGCUCUAACCUCUUAAUAGUUUCAUGAAACUUUUUACAUUUUUGAUAUCAUUAUCCAGUUGGUAACACAAUCGUAAACUUUUUUUUAUCAAAUUGUGUAAAAUUGGCACAAUAAGGCACUUCAUUGAGGCAUUCAAUAAGGCAUUCAAUAAGGCACAAUGAAGUGCCUUAUUGUGGUAGAUGUAUUGUGAUGAAAAGAUGUGUUUAAAAGUAAAAGCUUCUGGAUAAUAAAUCCCUUUUUUAGUGAUGAGUACCUUUGAGCCUGGGAUAUUCCCACUCUAUUUCAUUAGGAUGUUUUACACACUUGUUGUUUAAAACUCUGUCUUCCAGGGGAAAAAUCAUAAGGUUGAAUCAUCUUAUUAAAAAUAUUUCUUAAGAAAAUAACUGUGAGCAACUGAACAUUAAAGAUAUUAAAACUUAGAUAAUUCAUAUAUUAGGUUAUAGUUGAAUUCAGUGCCUUUGUAGUAUUCUUAUAACAAUUUAAUGCCUUCUAACUUUUUCUUAACAGUCAUAGGUAUAUAAUUUUUCAUUUUUUGUACUUGAAUAUCCUAAAUAAACUUGGCAUUUACUUUUGACAAAUAAAAUAUAUUUACUAA